GAGAAGCCCGGAAGAAGCGUGUUGGUCACUUGACCAGUAGUGGAUUGCUACUGUUUAUGACAAGUUUUCGUUCUUUUUUUUACAAGAAGAACCGUAGUUUUUGACAUUAAAAUCUUUUCCUGUAUAAACUGUCCUGGCAUAUUUGACAGUGGGUUCUGUCUGUGCACGCUGACACUUGCAUGUGCUCUCAAAACUGUAAACAUAAAUAGUUCAGAAAUUAUUGAAGUGCUAGAAACAGAUUACCGUGGAUAAGGAAUGGAAUAUGGCUACAUCUGAGAUGAUGCUAAGUCUUGGACUAAUUGAGAAAGAUUUAAAUGCAGACACGCUUUGGGUUUGGUGUUAUCCUUCCAUCAGUGAUGAUCUACGAGAGGUGCUGUUGAGAAAAUGUUGCCUGCCGUUGAACAAUCAGGUGCUGCACACAUUUGUGUUUGGACAGUACUGCCGAACCUGGUACUACAUCACCACUGUCGAGGUUCAGGAGCCUACUGCGCUUAAAAAGGUGACACAUUUCUCAAUAGUUAUCACAGCUAAGGACUUCAACCCUGAAAAAUAUGCUGCGUUCAGUAGAGUCCUGGGCAGGACGUAUAUCAAACAUGGAAAUCCUGUGAAGAUGAUGGAAUGCUACAUUGCUGUUCUGACCAAAGGGAUAUGCCAGAGUGAUGAGAACGGCUCCUUCCUUAUCAAAGAUUAUGAUGUCAGGAAGGCCUACCUGGCUGGAUCCUUAAAAGAUGUUGUGUCACAAUUUGGUAUGGAGACUAUCAUCCUUUACACAGCACUAAUGUUGAAAAAAAGAGUAGUGGUCUAUCACCCACGGAUCGAGGCGCUGCUGGAGUUCACAAGAGCUCUUCCUGGAUUGGUAUGGCAUAGAAAAGACUGGUCCAUCCUCCACCCUUUUGUUCACCUUAAUGAUAAUGAGCUGGAAAACCUCAAGCUGUGUACAGGGUAUGUUGCAGGGUUUGUCGAUCCUGAAGUCAGAGACAGAUCAGAUCUGUUUGAUGUGUAUGUUAAUCUUCCAGACAGUGAAAUCACUGUGUCACAAAAUGCAAAAGAGGCAAUGGCUAUGGGAAAACUCCAUAAAGAGAUCGGCAACUUCAUUGUCCAGGCUGCAGAGGACGCUGAGUGCACAGAUGCACAGGUUAUUAAGGAUAUUUCAGUAAAAACAAAGGAGAUCCUCAGAAACCUGAUGUCUCUUGCUGAUGAAGCAGAGAACUCUAAAUUGACUUUGGAGACUCUGAAGCAGCGGCACUACCCUCCAGCGACUGAAAACUUCCUCUUCCACUUAGCUGCAGCUGAGCAACUCCUGAAGAUCUGACCAGUCAGUCCAUCCCGUCCAAAUGGCAUGCCUCACAGUAACCGAUCAGAGAGGAACUUACCAUUCAUUGUCAAUCACACAAUGAAUUGUAACAUUUGCAAGAAUCUGUGUCUAAUUUCAGGGGUAGUGAACAGGGCAAAAGUUACAUAAGAACAAAUAUAUAUUUCUUAGAAAGAUAUAUAAAAUAUAGCUAUAACAUGAUAGCUACACCUCAUGUGUGUAAUUAUGUUGAAUGUUACAUUUCUAUGUGAUAACAGGUUUGAGAUAAAUAAUUCAUAAUCAAACCUUUUGGUAACACGGAUUUAUAUGCAGUCUCUGCAAACAUUCCUGAAGUAUCUAAUUAUUAAGUUGUUCAUAACCUUAAUUUGGCAUGCUCUUUGAACUUUUAUAAAAUUUCAUAAUUGCACAUCAGUGUCAAAGGGCUGACAGUUGACUAGUUCAUGCCUAACUAAAAGACUUCUAUUAUGAAGAGUCCCAUUAAAUUCAGAAUGUAAAGAAAUUAAUUACUGAACUAUUGAGUGCCAAAACCUCAUCUUAAAGUUAUGAUGUUAAUUAACCUGUCUAUUCAUGUAAGAAAUCUUUUUAUCAUUAUAUGUUAAAAUGACAGAAGACAUUCCCCAGUUUAGAUAGAACUUUUUUCCCACAAUUUAUGAUUGCACAUAAUAUUGAUUUUGGCAUUACUUCAUACAUUUUUGUUUAAUCACCUUAUUAAUUUGACAUCCCCUUGUUAUCAAGGGCUAUCCGUUGUGCCUAUCAUAUGUGUGCAAUAUAUCCUGAAAAAGAGGAUGCUCAAACUGUUCUUCUCUGAUUUCUGAUUUACAGAAUCAUACAAUGCUGUUUCCUCAAAUAAUGUUUUAAAUAUAUAUGUGACCAUUUUAUAUAUAUAAGUAAAUAAAUGUGUAUGUGAGUGGUAUCAGGAAUUUUAUUGACACUAACAGACAGUGUUAUUAGCAUGAUUUGGUAAAAUUCACUUCAAUGCAGUGUUUAAAACUCUUUUUAGACUGAAAUGCAGCUAUUAAGUGAAUAUGAAUUCAAAACCAUACAGUUGUACUUCUUCCUUUCAAUAUUCAGUAUUAGUACAGCAUUGAUUAGUAGCUCAAAAACCCUUUUGAGAAAAUAGUGCAUGCUUUUAAAACUUAAAUUAACAACCUUUUUGAAAUGUUGUUGAAAUGCACUGGACUUUAAUAUUCUUUUGUUUUCAGUGUCAAUAAAAGUCAUUGUUAAAUAGUAAAGUGGCAACAUUACAGUCCUCUGUGGUAAAACAGUUCCCCGUUACUGUCAAGUGACUGAAAGUCCUCUUCUAAACUUUCCUUCUUUAUCUGCAAAUAAAACAUAGGUUGAAUCUAAAUUAUGCUUAUCUGCUGGUGAUGGAUAAUGUGAUUUUUAAUGAAAACAUUCAGAGAAUUGAUGAAUGCAUUUCCGAAAUUAAAAUGAUAAAGUAUGACAA